CAAGCUUUACUGAGAAUGGGCCGACGGUAUCCAAGAUUGAAACAUGAGAAUGGGGCCCAAAUUCAGUUAAACUUGGAUAACGGGGACUCCAUCGCCACAUUCACUUACUUUCUCUCCUGUUUCUCUCUAUGCAUGGGGUCUCUUCCCUUCCACACCUCACCAAACCCAAAUUUCUCUCUCUCCAAAUCCUCUAACUCUCAUAAAUUUUCGCAAACCCAUGUCUCCAAACUUCAAUUUCAACGAUUUUCUCCCCAUAAAUCUUACGUCCACCUCAUUUCUUCUUUAUGCAAACAAGGCCAAAUUCAAGCAGCUUUGGACCUGCUUACACAGAUGGAGCUUCAAAGUCUACUGAUUGGACCCCAAGUCUAUGGUGAGCUACUUCAGGGAUGCGUAUACGAGCGAGAUCUUUACACCGGUCAGCAAAUUCACGCUCGAAUUAUUAAAAAUGGUGAUUUUUUUUCAAGGAAUGAGUAUAUAGAGACAAAAUUAUUAGUUUUUUAUGCGAAAUGCGAUUGUUUCGAGAUUGCAAAUAGUUUGUUCGGUAGAUUGCGAGUGAAGAACGUGUUUUCUUGGGCUGCUAUAACUGGUUUGCAUUGUAGAAUGGGUUUUCAUGAAGAUGCUUUAAUGUGUUUCUGUGAAAUGAUAGAUAUUGGCCUUUCGGCUGACAAUUUUGUGGUGCCUAAUGCGUUAAAGGCUUGCGGCGCAUUGCAUUGGAUUAAUUUUGGAAGAGGAGUACAUGGUUAUGCGCUGAAGUUGGGUCUGGAUAGGUGUGUUUUUGUCUCUAGUAGUUUGGUAGAUAUGUACGGAAAAUGUGGAUUUUUAGAGGAUGCAAGGCAAGUGUUUGAGAAUAUGCCUCAAAAGAAUGUGGUAACAUGGAAUUCGAUGAUCGUGGGUUAUGUUCAAAAUGGGUUCCAUCAGGAAGCAAUUGAAGUGUUUUAUGAUAUGAGGUUGGAAGACGUUGAGCAGAGCCGAGUUACUUUAUCGGGUUUUCUUUCUGCUGCAGCUAAUUUAGGUGCAAUUGAAGAGGGUAAGCAAGGGCAUGCUAUUGCCAUCAUAGGUGGAUUUGAAUUGGAUAAUAUCUUGGGUAGUUCAAUUCUGAACUUCUAUUCUAAGGUUGGGUUGAUUGAGGAUGCUGAGUUGGUUUUUAGUAGGAUGGUUGAAAAAGAUGUCGUGUCAUGGAAUUUGCUCAUUUCUUGUUUUGUUCAUUGUGAGCAAAUUGAAAGGGCAGUUGAUAUGUGUCAUCUGAUGAGAUUAGAGAAUAUGAAAUUCGACUCAGUGACCAUUGCCUCCAUAUUAUCUGCCUGUGCUAAUACAAAAAACAUAAAACUUGGUAAAGAGGGGCACUGUUAUUCUAUUCGAAACAAUCUUGAAUCUGAUGCAAUAGUUGCAAGUGGCAUCACACACAUGUAUGUAAAAUGUGAGAGAAUCAGUGAUGCAAGGGUAGUUUUCAACUCUACAAUAAACAAAGAUCUUACGUUGUGGAAUACAUUAUUGACAUCUUAUGCUGAACUGGGUCUAGUUGGGGAGACCUUGAGGCUUUUCUAUCAGAUGCAGUUGGAGAGUGUGCCACCAAACGUGACAUCUUGGAAUGCUUUGAUUUUGGGAUUUAUCCGAAACGGCCAGAUCAACAAGGCGAAAGAUACGUUCUCAGAGAUGCAGGCUGUUGGUGUCCAUCCUAACCUGACUACUCUGACUAUGCUUAUAUCUGGACUUGUUGAUAAUGGUUUUCGCAAUGAAGCACUUACUGUAUUCCAGAAAAUGCAAGAAUAUGGGAUAAGGCCCAAUGUUGUAAGCAUCAUUAAUACAAUCUCAGCUUGCACAGAUGUGGCAAUGUUGCAGUAUGGAAGAGCUAUUCAUGGCUAUAUUUUAAGGCAUGACCUCUGGUUGCAAAUGCCAAUAGCAAAUGCUUUGGUGGAUAUGUAUGUUAAAUGUGGAAAUAUAAACAAGGCCAAAAGGGUGUUUGAUAUGAUUUUAAACAAGGCUUCACCCAUAUAUAAUGGAAAUGAUCGCUUCCUAUCACUAGCACAUCACGCGUUGGAGGUGUAAAAGCUCAAGCCCCACUAAGUAUCUGAUGAGGAAGGAAUAGAAUCAGAUAUGCAUUCUUUACAAAUCUGCUUGCAACCAAGAUGGGCAUGGGAUAAGUGAACUCUGGGGCUAUCGUAUCCGAACAUCAAUUCAGAGCAAGUAUAGAGAACUGGUGAUAUGCAUGUUUUCCUCUUUUCAGGCAGAGAUGGUGAGAUAGGCAUCAAGUGUGAGGGAAUUAAAAGGAAUCAAAAGCAUUAAAGAAGAUUCCUAGAUGCAGCUGAAUCAGAUCAGCUAAGAAAAUCCUGCAGUUUUUGCACAUUGUGGAUCAGGAUAGCAACCAAAAUUUUCGAAAAUCCAUGGACAUUGGCUUUAGGGGAUAUUGAAACAUGUUAUAAUGGAUUAUGUUCUAUUCUUGAGCAUAAGUUUGUGAUAAUGAGAAGCAAGAACUAAGGAAGUGCUGUACAGAGGUAUAUGCAAAAUUAUCAGAUAUUUUCCACAAAUUGUGGCAGAGCUUGCAAAGAACAUCAAAGCUUUAUCGGUUGCAUGGAAUUUAAACCCUACACCUCAUCGGCGGAGCCACAUAGUGGCCAUGGCCUCCUAAAUUUUUUUGAAUUAUCUGAGACUAUUUCGAUAAUUUUCUGUUUUAACUCUAAAUAAAUUAGAAGAAAACUAUUAC